AUGGAUGAUAAAGUCGAGUUAAACAAUGCUGAAGUACCAUCCGAAGCUCCAAAUGACGUUCCACUUCAAGAACCGACUGAAGCACCAAUUGAGGCACCGAUAGAAUCCCUAUUUGACACCCCAGAACCUCAAAAAUCCAAACCUACACCUUCUAAAUCUAAGAUAUCAAACAAUGCGCCUGGUUAUCGAUACAAGUAUCCAGAGGCCAAACCGACACCCCCCGGUGUAGAUGAUGACAGAUGGAAUAAGAUCUACGUGGCUGCAGAUUCUCGAUUCUAUAACAGAGCCAAAAAGAAUGCGUCGGAAUCUAGAAAGAUCAGACUGACUGGUGAAACUUAUCAACUCGCUCUCAGAAUCUUGAAGGAGAGAGAUGAGAAGGAAGCUGAAGCCGCGGCAGAUUUGGCAGCUGGCAUCGUACCGGCUCCGAAAAGAAUUCCCAAGCCCAAACCUCCACCAAGGCCAAAGGCUCCAUCCACAAGCUCCCGGGACGGCACACCGAGUUUUAAUGAUAGAGUACCACUAAGUAUUUCCGAGCAAAUUAAGAGUGAAGGCCGUGCUCGAAAGACACUGCCGUCUUCUAGCCAAGGCUCUCCUGGACCGUCUGGCCCUAAGCAUAGCAGUCCUGCGCCAUCACAAAUGAAGUCGGAGAAGGCCGAGAAAUCACUACCAAAGAAAAAGAGCACCGUUACUUCUACCAAGAAAGCCCGACCUAAGGGGGCCAAACCUGAAGAAGCUAGAUCACAACGCAACAGCGCCACUCCUGGAUUAAGAAACCCUUCCGACGACGAUGACAGCAACGAUGGCGGCGAAUACUGUAUAUGUCGCGGUCCUGAUGAUCACCGAAUGAUGAUUUUUUGUGAGGGAGGUUGUCAAGAUUGGUAUCAUUGCUCAUGUAUCGAUGUUGAUGUCGAGGAUGCGAAAGAACUUCUCGAUCGAUUUAUUUGUCCAAAUUGCAGCUCUGAAAGUGAAUUUACUACCUGGAAGCGAAUUUGCAGAUACCAUAAUGUUGAUGGAUGUAGGAAGGCUGCUCGUGUCAUGGAUGAUCCACCUAGCAAGUAUUGCAGCGACGAGCACGCAACUGCAUUUUGGGAAUUUGUUGCUGAAAAAUUACGGGCCAAUAAAAAACGUACCAUAGGUGGAGCCUUGAGCGGCGAAGAAUUUGGAGCAUUAUUGAGUUCAUGUAAGACAGCAACAGAUUUCCAUGCUCUUGGUUCGAGACCGAAGUUGCCAAUACCUGAAGGCCACGACCCAAGUCAACCACUGGGUCUCAAUUAUCUGCUCCCCGAAGAAGAAUCCGCCAUAAGCAAGAUUAAGGCCAGACGCGCAAUCAUUGAACAACGUAUUGAAAGUUUCAAAACCGCUCAAAAACUUUUGAUUAUGAUGAACCGGCGCGCCAAGAUUGCACAAGAACACCCAGAUGUUGAUGUCAAGGAGAUUUGCGGGUAUGAUAAUCGUCUCGCCCUAAACGAGUAUGAGUUCGGUGCUUGGUGUGCAAGUGAAGAAGGCAAAGGCUAUCUCGCCACUGGGGUUCUUGGUCCUCGUACCGAGGAAACAAAGCAUAUUGGUGAAACUACUCCAUAUCCUGGUCAAGUCGUUCCCGAUACAGGAGAUCUACCUGAUGAGCUAAAGAAUCUGUGUAUCAAGCCUCUCAAGAAAUGUAAACACAACGGCUGGCGUGGCAACCAUGCAGAGCAAUACGCGUAUGCAACAAAGACUUUGACGGAAGAACUCGCAAAGUUGAGCAAGCAAGAGGCUUCUAUAAUUGAAGAUGCAGAAACCAGAGAAGCUACCAAGGAUUACAAUGCCGAAAACACGGUGGAGCAACUUUUUUAA